GUGCUACCGGUCUGACUUGAAUUCUUGGCUAUUUUCAGUCACUAUCGUUGGAAGCGAGAGAGAGGGGAAGAGAUUGCGGAAGCCCUCGAGUACACACAGUUGUUCAGGACGAAUUUCCUACUGGCAGACACCUCAGAUCCAGCAGACUCAGCAGCAGUUCACGCCAAACCAUUUCGGACAGAGCAGUCUUGAAGGAUCCGCCGACUUCUCUCACCUCUGUGUUUUUGCUGACCAGGCGCAAUCCGUCCAGGGUCAUCAGAGUUCCAGCAGACAGGCCUUGCCCUUCCACCCGCAUUCGCAGAGCUUCCAGCAGCAAGUGUCUCAGGCGACAUUCUUUGGUCCCGGUCACCUGGCUGGUGCAGUCUUUCCAACUGAGACCAUGGUGCGUAAGGCAGGACCGACCAACAUGAAGGUUCGGCAGGAGAUCCCUGUGCAGCCACCUGAACAGGUCAUCAAUGAUGAUGAAUUGAUGAGCUUCUCGGUCCGCGAGCUGAACCGGCGACUCCGUGGCCUUCCGAAGGAGCAGGUGGUGCAGCUGAAGCAACGGCGAAGAACCCUCAAGAACAGAGGCUAUGCAGCAAACUGCCGUGAGAAGCGAGUCACGCAGAAAGAAUCUUUAGAAGUGGAACAGGAGAGACUCAAGAUGGAGGUGGAGAAGUUAGCCGUAGAGAAUGCCAAACAGCGAGAAGCUCUAGAUGACCUUCACAGGAAAUACAAAUCGCUCCUUCAUGUUGCUGCUAAAGGAGGUCCCGACAAGAUCAAGAUUUUGUCUGGACCGUUGACCCUCGCUGACCUCAACAAGGACAACACUAUCCCUGGUCCAAGCCACCGACAGGAUGUACCUGUUGCAGGGGUCAUGGUCAAGCAAGAGGUGGUUGACCAGAGAUUAGGGGAUUAAAAGAUGAUCGUAAUCCCAUCAUAACCUUCAAGAGCCGCGAGCAGCAAUGUGAACUCUGUAAAGCUUUGAUCUACAAGUCGGGCCUUUCCAUCUGCGGAGAUAUGUUAGAUGAAUAAACAUGGGGUUCUUUGAUUCAAAAGAUAUGAGAUUAGGAUUAAGAUUACUUCAUGCGAUUGUACUUUGUGCCAAGUGAAGAUUAAGCCAUUAUGUGAAUAUUAAUCUUGUGAUCUAUGACAAGUUCAUAAAUACACUUAUAAUCAGUCAUCUUUUAGGUGGUUUAUAGAAUGGCAUAUUUUCAGAUAAGGAAAGAACAAGAUAGAGAAAAAGAAGGAAUAAAUCAUUGAUGAGUCAUUAAAGGUCAAGUCCACCUCAGAAAAAUGUUGAUUUGAAUCA